GUUGGAGCAGAUCAAGGUUUUUUGGAAUUGGUAGAAAACCUGAUGAAUGAUAUCUAUGACACAGCUAAGUUUAUACCACGACUGGCAAAGCGGAAGCCCAGCUAUAAGUCGGACCUAGAAGAUACAGGAGACUUGAUAGAGAUGCGAGAAGAGGUUUCAAACCUUGUCAUCAGUGCUAUGAAGCAAGGUGAAGAAUAUGAGGAUUCUUUUGAGAAAUACUCGUACCUCUGGAUGGAUGAUCCACAAGAAUUCAUGCAGCGCUUCCUCACCUUUGGUCAUGCCCUAACACCCGAAGAACUGGAAUCUCAUGCAGAGGAAUACUUGCCUCAUGUCGCACCCACCCUGGAGCAAUUUCAGCUGCAGAUUGACACUUACGAAAAACUCUAUGAAGAAGUAUCCAAGUUUGAGAACACCAAAGUGUUUAAUGGUUGGCUGCAAAGUGACUGUCGUCCCUUCAAGCAAGCACUCCUGAACACCAUCAAGCGCUGGAGCCUAAUGUUCAAGCAGCACCUCAUUGACCAUGUCACCACCAGCCUUCAGGGUCUUGCCACUUUUAUGAAAGAAGCCAAUGCAGGCUUAACGAAACCAGUGAAGGAAGGUGACUAUGAUGGGCUCGUGGAAGUGAUGGGACACUUGAUGAGGGUCAAAGACAGACAAGCAGCUACUGACAACAUGUUUGAGCCCCUAAAGCAAACUAUUGAGUUGCUAAAACUCUAUGGGGAAGAAAUGCCUGAAGAGAUCCAUAUGCAGUUGCAUGAAUUGCCAGAGCAGUGGAACAAUACCAAAAAGUUGUCUUUCCAAGUCAAGCAGAAUGUGGCUCCUCUGCAAGCAAAUGAAGUUACUAUCAUCCGAAGGAAAUGCCAGCAGUUUGAGAUUAAACAGCAUGAGUUCAGAGAAAAAUUCCGAGUCGAUGCCCCCUUCACUUUUGCUGAUCCAGAUCCAUAUAAAUCCCUAAAUAAGCAACAAAAAAUGAUCACUAAUAUGGAAAAAGAGAUGGAAGCCCUAUCUAAAUCUGCAAGCUUAUUUGAGGUAUCUGUCCCAGAUUACAAACAGCUGAAGGCAUGCCAUAAGGAGGUUCGAUUACUCAAGGAGCUCUGGGAUAUGAUUGUCUUGGUAAAUGAAAGCAUUAAUGACUGGAAGACAACCAAGUGGAAGGAGAUUAAUGUUGAGCAGAUGGAUCUUGAUUGCAAGAAAUUUGCUAAGGAUGUGAGAGGUUUGGACAAGGAAAUGAGACCUUGGGAUGCUUUUGUAGGACUGGAUAACACAGUUAAAAAUAUGAUCACUUCUCUCCGAGCUGUGAGCGAGCUCCAGAAUCCAGCUAUCCGGGACAGGCAUUGGAAAGAACUCAUGCAGGCCACCCAGGUGAAGUUUACCAUGUCUGAUGAAACAACCCUGGCAGACUUACUUCAGCUGAAUCUUCACAAGUUUGAGGAUGAAGUUCGCAGUAUUGUAGACAAGGCUGUAAAAGAGUCAGGGAUGGAAAAGGUGUUAAAGGCUCUUGAUAGCACCUGGUCAACAAUGCAGUUUGAACAUGAGCCUCACCACAGGACUGGAACCAUGUUGCUCAAAUCUGACGAAGUAUUAGUGGAGACCCUUGAAGAAAAUCAAGUGCAGCUUCAAACUCUGAUGACUUCUAAGUAUUUAGCACACUUUCUUCAGGAAGUCUCCAGCUGGCAACAGAAGUUAUCUACUGCUGACUCUGUGAUUUCCAUCUGGUUUGAAGUUCAGAGAACCUGGAGCCACCUGGAGAGCAUUUUCAUUGGUUCUGAAGACAUUCGUAACCAGCUUCCAGAGGACUCUAAGCGUUUUGAUUCCAUCGACAAGGAUUUUAAAGCAUUAAUGGCUGAUGCAGUCAAAACCCCUAAUGUGGUUGAAGCAACAAAUAAACCAGGUCUUUAUGACAAGCUGGAGGCCUUGCAGCAAAGCCUGGCACUCUGUGAAAAGGCUUUGGCGGAAUACCUGGAAACCAAGAGACUGGCUUUCCCCAGAUUUUACUUUGUGUCCUCUGCUGACCUGCUGGAUAUUUUGUCCAAUGGCAAUGACCCUGUUGAGGUGUCCCGCCACUUGUCCAAGUUAUUUGAUAGCAUGGCCAAGCUGAAAUUCAAACUGGACGCCAAAGAGAAGCCUCUGAAGAUUGGCCUGGGAAUGUACAGCAAAGAAGACGAGUAUGUUGACUUUGACAAGGAGUGUGACUGUUCAGGACAGGUGGAGGUUUGGUUAAAUCGAGUGCUCGAGAGAAUGCAGAGCACCUUACGCAAGGAAAUUUCAGAAGCUGUAGUGACUUACGAAGAAAAGCCAAGAGAGCAGUGGCUCUUUGAUUACCCAGCACAGAUUGCCUUAACGUGUACCCAGAUUUGGUGGACAACAGAGGUUGGCAUUGCCUUUUCACGACUGGAGGAAGGCUAUGAAAAUGCAAUCAAAGAUUACAAUAAAAAGCAGAUUAACCAGUUAAACACAUUAAUUACUCUGCUCAUUGGGAACUUGAGCCCAGGAGACAGAAUGAAGAUUAUGACAAUCUGUACCAUUGAUGUCCAUGCCAGAGAUGUCAUUGCCAAGAUGAUUACAGCAAAGGUGGAAAGCUCCCAGGCUUUCACGUGGCAGUCCCAGCUGAGGCACCGAUGGGAUGAAGAGAAGAAGCACUGCUAUGCCAAUAUCUGUGAUGCUCAGCUCCAGUAUUCCUACGAGUAUCUUGGCAACACUCCACGGCUGGUGAUCACACCACUCACUGACCGGUGCUAUAUCACCCUGACACAGUCCCUGCACUUGAUAAUGGGAGGAGCCCCUGCAGGUCCGGCUGGCACAGGGAAGACUGAGACCACCAAAGACUUGGGCAGAGCAGUAGGGAUCAUGGUGUAUGUCUUCAAUUGCUCUGAACAAAUGGACUACAAGUCCUGUGGAAAUAUCUAUAAAGGGCUGGCCCAGACAGGUGCAUGGGGAUGUUUUGAUGAAUUCAAUCGUAUUUCAGUGGAAGUCCUGUCUGUAAUUGCUGUACAGGUCAAAUGUGUUCAAGAUGCAAUUCGAGCCAAAAAGAAGACAUUCAAUUUCCUUGGAGAAAUGAUCUCUCUCAUACCAACUGUUGGAAUGUUUAUUACCAUGAAUCCUGGCUAUGCAGGUCGUACUGAGCUGCCAGAAAACUUGAAAGCCUUGUUCAGGCCAUGUGCAAUGGUUGUUCCCGAUUUUGAGCUGAUCUGUGAAAUCAUGCUGGUUGCUGAAGGUUUCAUUGAAGCCAGGCUUCUGGCUAGGAAGUUUAUCACUCUCUAUACCCUGUGUAAGGAGCUGCUUUCAAAACAGGAUCACUAUGACUGGGGUUUGAGAGCUAUCAAGUCUGUGCUGGUGGUGGCUGGUUCACUGAAGAGAGGAGAUCCCGGCCGGGCUGAAGACCAGGUGCUCAUGAGAGCGUUGCGAGACUUUAACAUUCCCAAAAUCGUGACUGAUGAUUUGCCUGUUUUCAUGGGACUCAUUGGAGACCUUUUCCCAGCACUCGAUGUCCCAAGGAAGCGUGAUCUCAAUUUUGAAAAGAUCAUCAAACAGUCCAUUAUUGAGCUCAGGCUACAGCCCGAGGAGAGUUUUGUGCUGAAAGUAGUACAGCUAGAGGAGUUACUCCAAGUCCGUCAUUCCGUUUUUGUGAUUGGAAAUGCUGGCUGUGGCAAGUCCCAGGUGCUGAAAUCUCUGAAUAAAACCUACCAACUUACGAAAAGAAAGCCUGUAGCUGUCGACCUUGACCCUAAAGCUGUAACCUGUGAUGAACUAUUUGGAAUCAUUAAUCCAGCUACCAGGGAAUGGAAAGAUGGUAGGAAACACAUAAUUUCUCUCUUCUGGGCAGGCUUGUUUUCAACUAUCAUGCGUGAUCUGGCUAAUAUAACUCAUCGUGGGCCAAAAUGGAUUGUUUUGGAUGGAGAUAUAGAUCCAAUGUGGAUCGAGUCUUUGAAUACUGUGAUGGAUGACAACAAGGUUCUCACCUUGGCAAGCAAUGAGCGAAUCCCACUAAACCCCACCAUGAGGCUUGUGUUUGAGAUUAGCCACCUGAGAACAGCAACACCUGCCACGGUCUCCAGAGCAGGAAUCCUGUACAUUAACCCCGCUGACCUUGGCUGGAAUCCAGUGGUGAGCAGCUGGAUUGAGCGUCGGGAAGUGCAAUCUGAAAAAGCCAAUUUGAUGAUUUUGUUUGACAAGUACUUGCCUACAUGUUUGGAUAAGCUGAAGUUUGGCUUCAAGAAGAUAACCCCUGUGCCUGAAGUGACCGUGGUGCAGACUAUCCUGUAUCUACUGGAAUGCCUCCUGACACCAACAAACACUCCUCCAGAUUCUUCCAAAGAGCUGUAUGAACUCUAUUUUGUGUUUGCUUGCUUCUGGGCAUUUGGAGGAGCAAUGUUCCAAGAUCAGCUCAUCGACUACCGUGUAGAGUUCAGCAAAUGGUGGGUGAAUGAAUUUAAAACCAUAAAGUUUCCUUCCCAGGGAACUAUUUUUGACUAUUAUAUUGACCCAGAGUCAAAGAAAUUCAUGCCUUGGACUGAUAAAGUGCCACAAUUUGAGUUGGAUCCGGAUGUGCCACUGCAGGCCUCAAUGGUACACACAACAGAAACCAUCCGGAUUCGCUAUUUCAUGGAUCUGUUAAUGGCCAAGAAAUGGCCUGUGAUGCUGGUUGGGAAUGCUGGGACUGGCAAAUCGGUGCUGAUGGUGGAUAAACUGGACACCCUUAACAUGGAUGAUUUUAUAGUGCAAGCCGUCCCCUUUAACUUCUACACAACUUCAGCCAUGUUACAGUCUAUUCUUGAAAAGCCUCUGGAGAAGAAAUCGGGAAGGAACUUUGGUCCCCCUGGCACCAAGAAGCUCAUUUACUUCAUAGAUGAUAUGAACAUGCCAGAAGUCGACAAAUAUGGCACCGUGGCUCCUCAUACCUUGAUCCGGCAGCACAUGGACCACGGGCACUGGUAUGACAGAAACAAGCUGACACUAAAGGACAUUCACAACUGCCAAUAUGUUGCCUGCAUGAACCCAACUGCUGGGUCCUUCACUAUUGAUUCCAGGCUCCAGCGACACUUCUGCGUGUUUGCUGUGAGUUUCCCUGGGCAAGACGCCCUGAUGACCGUCUACAGCACCAUCCUAGGGCAGCACUUGGCCCUCCGGAAUGUCCCCAUGGUGGUCCAGAAGAUUCAUUCACAGCUUGUUUCUGCAGCUCUGGCCUUGCAUCAGAAAAUUACAUCCACCUUUCUUCCUACGGCCAUAAAAUUCCACUAUGUUUUCAAUCUCCGGGACCUCUCGAACAUUUUCCAGGGACUGCUGUUCUCCACACACGAGUGCCUCAAGAUCCCAUCAGACCUAGUGCGACUCUGGCUGCAUGAAGCUGAGCGAGUUUAUUGUGACAAACUCGUGGAGGAGAAAGAUCAAGAGAGCUUUGGCCGGGUCAUGAUGGCAACUUGCAAGAAAUUCUUUGAGGACAUGGGUGACAAUGUUGUCUUUGCAAAGCCCAACAUUUUUUGCCACUUUGCUCAGGGCAUUGGAGAUCCAAAGUAUCUGCCCGUUUCCAAUAUUCAGUCCCUGAACAAACUGCUUGUGGAAGCCUUGGACAGCUACAAUGAGGUCAAUGCAGUCAUGAACUUGGUGCUCUUUGAGGAUGCUGUCUCGCAUGUCUGCAGGAUCAAUCGCAUCUUGGAGUCUCCCAGAGGGAACGCCUUGUUAGUGGGUGUCGGGGGCAGCGGCAAGCAGAGCCUGUCCCGACUGGCUGCCUAUAUAAGCUCUCUGGAUGUAUUCCAGAUCACACUGAAGAAAGGCUAUGGAAUUCCCGACCUCAAGGCUGACCUGGCUUCCCAGUACAUCAAAGUUGCUGUGAAGAACACCCCCACCGUGUUUCUAAUGACAGACUCGCAGGUUGCCGAGGAGCAGUUCUUAGUUUUGAUCAAUGAUCUCCUGGCAUCUGGUGAGAUCCCAGGGCUAUUCCAGGAUGACGAGGUGGAAAAUAUCAUUGGCUCCAUGCGACCCCAGGUGAAAUCUCUUGGCAUGCAAGACACUAGGGAAAACUGCUGGAAAUUCUUCAUUGAGAAAGUCCGAAAACAACUGAAGGUGAUCCUGUGCUUCUCUCCUGUGGGAUCAACGCUGCGUGUUCGAGCAAGAAAGUUCCCUGCUGUAGUGAACUGCACAGCUAUUGACUGGUUUCAUGAAUGGCCCGAAGAUGCGUUGGUGUCGGUCAGCGCAAGGUUCCUUGAGGAGACGGAGGGAAUUGAGCAUGGUGUCAAGACUUCUAUCAGUCUGUUUAUGUCAUUUGUCCACAAAACUGUCAAUGAAAUGUCCAAGGUCUAUUUGGCCACUGAGAGACGCUAUAAUUACACCACCCCAAAAACCUUCUUGGAGCAGAUCAAACUAUAUCAGAACCUGCUGGCUAAGAAAAGAAGAGAGCUUAUUGCCAAAAUUGAGAGGCUGGAGAAUGGUUUGAUGAAACUCCAGAGUACCGCCUCACAGGUUGAUGAUCUGAAAGCCAAACUUGCUGUUCAAGAGCUGGAGCUCAAGCAUAAGAAUGAAGAUGCUGACAAACUGAUCCAAGUGGUGGGAAUUGAAACAGAAAAAGUGAGCAGGGAGAAAGCAAUUGCUGAUGAAGAAGAGCUGAAAGUGCAGGUCAUUAAUACGAAUGUAACAGAAAAGCAAAGGGCCUGUGAAACGGAUUUGGCCAAAGCUGAACCAGCAUUAAUUGCUGCUCAGGAAGCUCUGGACACUCUCAAUAAGAACAACCUGACAGAGCUGAAAUCUUUUGGGUCACCCCCAGAGGCCGUGGUCAAUGUGACGGCAGCUGUGAUGAUCCUCACUGCCCCAGGCGGCAAGAUUCCAAAGGACCGAAGCUGGAAAGCAGCCAAAGGCAUGAUGGGCAAAGUGGACACCUUCCUGGAUUCUCUGAAAAAAUUUGACAAGGAGCACAUUCCAGAGCCCUGCUUGAAGGCAUUCAAACCAUUUCAACAUGAUCCAACCUUUGAUCCAGAUUUUAUACAAUCCAAGUCCACAGCUGCAGCUGGUCUGUGUUCUUGGUGCCUGAACAUUGUUCGCUUCUAUGAAGUUUAUUGUGAUGUUGCACCCAAGCGGCAAGCCUUGGAGGAGGCGAAUGCUGAGCUGGCAGAAGCACAAGCGAAACUCACACUGAUUAAAAACAAGAUUGCAGACCUAAAUGCCAACUUGGCCAAUCUGACUGCUGAAUUUGAAAAGGCCACAGCUGAGAAAAUCAAGUGCCAGCAAGAAGCCGACGCAACUAACAGAGUCAUAUCACUGGCGAACAGGCUGGUUGGCGGAUUAGCAUCAGAAAACGUGCGCUGGGCCGAGUCAGUGGAAAAUUUCCGUGAGCAGGAAAAGACGUUGUGUGGGGAUGUGCUUCUGAUUACUGCGUUUGUUUCCUACGUUGGCUACUUUACCAAAAAAUACAGGACAGAACUGCUGGACAAGUUCUGGACCCCUUACCUUCAUCAGCUAAAGGUGCCGAUUCCCAUCACUCCUGGGCUGGACCCGCUGAGCCUCCUCACGGACGAUGCGGACAUCGCCACUUGGAACAACCAGGGGCUGCCCAGCGACCGCAUGUCCACAGAAAAUGCAACCAUCCUGUGCAAUACCGAGCGCUGGCCACUCAUCAUAGACGCCCAGCUCCAAGGGAUCAAGUGGAUUAAAAACAAGCAUGGAAAUGAGCUGAAAGCCAUCCGGCUUGGGCAGAAAAGCUACCUAGACAUCAUUGAACGGGCCGUUUCUGAAGGAGACACGCUGCUCAUCGAGAACAUUGGCGAGACUGUGGAGCCUGUGCUGGAUCCUCUGCUAGGUCGAAACACCAUCAAAAAAGGAAAGUUCAUUAAAAUAGGAGAUAAGGAGGUGGAGUACCACCCCAACUUCCGCCUCAUUUUGCACACCAAGUACUUCAACCCCCACUACAAACCGGAGAUGCAGGCCCAGUGCACCUUGAUCAACUUUCUGGUCACCAGGGAUGGGCUGGAGGACCAGCUUUUGGCUGCAGUGGUGGCCAAGGAGAGGCCUGACCUGGAGGAACUGAAGGCCACUCUCACAAAGCAACAGAAUGAAUUCAAGAUCAUCCUGAAGGAGCUGGAGGACUCCUUACUGGCGAGGCUUUCUGCUGCAUCAGGAAACUUCCUUGGGGACACCGCCUUGGUGGAAAAUCUGGAGACAACCAAGCGCACGGCUAAUGAGAUAGAAGAAAAGGUGAAAGAAGCUAAAAUCACUGAAGUGCAAAUUAAUGAAGCAAGAGAGAACUACAGGCCAGCUGCAGAAAGGUCAUCCCUGUUGUAUUUUAUACUAAAUGACCUCAACAAAAUCAAUCCCAUCUAUCAGUUCUCCCUGAAGGCCUUCAACGUGGUCUUCGAGAAAGCGAUUCAACGCACUGCGCCAGCCGAUGAUGUGAAGCACAGAGUGAUCAACCUAACUGACGAGAUCACGUAUUCAGUCUACAUGUACACGGCCCGGGGGCUUUUUGAGCGCGACAAGCUUAUUUUUCUAGCCCAGGUUGCCUUUCAGGUUUUGUUGAUGAAAAAAGAAGUAAAUCCAGUGGAACUGGACUUUCUCCUGCGUUUUCCCUUUAAAGCUGGGAUGACAUCUCCAGUAGAUUUCUUAUUAAGUCAAGGAUGGGGUGGAAUUAAGGUACUCUCAGAGAUGGAUGAGUUCAAAAACUUGGACAGUGAUAUUGAAGGCUCUGCUAAACGGUGGAAGAAGUUUGUGGAGUCUGAAACACCUGAGAAGGAAGUAUUCCCCAAAGAAUGGAAGAACAAGACAGCCCUGCAAAAGCUGUGCAUGAUGCGAUGCAUGAGGCCCGAUCGCAUGAGUUAUGCAGUCAAGAACUUUGUGGAAGAAAAGAUGGGGAGUAAAUUUGUGGAAGGCCGAAGUGUUGAAUUUUCCAAGUCAUAUGAAGAAAGCAGCCAGUCUACCCCAAUAUUCUUCAUUCUUUCUCCCGGGGUUGAUCCACUGAAGGAUGUUGAAGCCCUCGGUCAGAAGCUUGGCUUCACCAUCGACAAUGGGAAAAUCCACAACGUGUCCCUAGGACAAGGCCAAGAGGCUGUGGCAGAGCACGCUCUGGAUGUUGCUGCAGUGCAGGGCCACUGGGUUAUCCUUCAGAAUAUCCACCUGGUUGCCAAGUGGCUGAGCACACUGGACAAGAAGGUCGAACGGUACAGCACCGGGAGCCACAACGAUUACCGAGUCUUCAUGAGCGCGGAGCCUGCCCCCAGCCCAGACUCCCACAUCAUCCCUCAGGGCCUCCUGGAAAACGCCAUUAAGAUCACCAACGAGCCUCCGACGGGCAUGCACGCCAACUUGCACAAGGCCCUGGACCUCUUCACACAGGACACCUUGGAAAUGUGCACAAAAGAAAUUGAAUUCAAGUGUAUUCUCUUUGCCCUCUGCUACUUCCAUGCAGUGGUGGCAGAACGGCGGAAGUUUGGAGCUCAGGGGUGGAAUAGGUCUUACCCAUUUAACAAUGGGGACCUCACCAUUUCCAUCAAUGUGCUGUAUAAUUACCUGGAAGCUAAUGUGAAGGUUCCCUGGGAUGACUUGCGGUACCUCUUUGGUGAGAUUAUGUAUGGGGGACACAUCACCGACGACUGGGACCGCAGGCUAUGCCGGACGUACCUGGGUGAAUAUAUCCGUAUGGAGAUGCUAGAAGGAGAAAUGCUCCUGGCACCAGGUUUCCUUAUACCACCCAACUCCGAUUACAAGGGCUAUCACGAAUAUAUCGAUGAAAACCUUCCACCUGAAAGUCCCUACCUGUAUGGGCUUCAUCCUAAUGCAGAGAUUGGUUUCCUCACUGUCACCUCAGAAAAACUUUUCCGCACUGUGCUGGAAAUGCAACCCAAAGAAUCAGAUUCUGGAGGAGGAACUGGAGUGUCCCGAGAGGAAAAGGUAAAGGCUGUGCUAGAUGAGAUCAUGGACAGGCUUCCUGAACCAUUUAAUAUGACAGAAAUCAUGGCUAAGGCUGCUGAGAAAACUCCCUAUGUGGUAGUUGCCAUCCAGGAAUGUGAAAGAAUGAACAUCCUAACCAGUGAAAUUCGACGUUCUCUCAAAGAAUUAAACUUGGGGUUGAAGGGAGAACUGACUAUCACGACAGACAUGGAAGACCUCUCAAAUGCUCUCUAUUAUGAUAAUGUGGCUGACUCCUGGACAAACCGUGCCUAUCCAUCUUUGCUCGGCUUAGCAGCAUGGUAUGCUGAUCUACUGCUCCGGAUCAGGGAACUGGAGGCCUGGACGACAGAUUUUGCCCUCCCUACAACUGUGUGGCUAGCAGGUUUCUUUAACCCUCAGUCUUUCCUCACAGCCAUUAUGCAGUCCAUGGCUAGGAAAAAUGAGUGGCCUCUUGACAGAAUGUGCCUUUCAGUGGAAGUUACCAAGAAGAACCGGGAAGAUAUGACAGCGCCACCUCGAGAGGGCUCCUACGUGCAUGGGCUUUUCAUGGAAGGUGCCCGCUGGGAUGUUCAGACUGGUGUUAUCAGUGACGCACGCCUGAAGGAGCUGACCCCUCCCAUGCCGGUUAUCUUCAUCAGGGCCAUUCCUGUGGAUCGCAUGGAUACCAAGAACAUGUAUGAGUGUCCAGUGUAUAAGACACGUAUGCGAGGCCCCACCUAUGUCUGGACAUUCAACCUGAAGACAAAAGAGAAGCCAGCCAAGUGGAUUCUUGCAGGAGUAGCUCUGCUCUUGCAAGUUUAAAAGCCAGAGUUGACACCCAAGCCCUGACCACCCCAUCA